UCGACGCGAUGCAUGAUCCUUUUGCACUUAGCACCUCCGAUCAUCCUGGACUGCUGUUAAUUUCUCAUCCGCUUUCUGGUAACAAUUUUCUCUCCUGGAAAAGGUCGAUUAUGAUAGCUUUGGGAGCUAAAACUAAGCUAGGAUUCAUUAAUGGUGAAAUUGAAAAACCGGAUGAAAAUAGUGAAGGAUAUGCUGUUUGGAAAAAGGUCGAUUGGACAGUGUUGUCCUGGAUUUUGAACUCAUUGUCAAAGGACAUAGCUGAAUCCUUUGUUUAUGCGGAUACUUCAAAGGAAUUAUGGGAAGAUAUUUGUCAACGGUUUGGUGAAAAUAAUGGACCUUUGAAAUAUAAAAUACAAAGGGAAAUCUCUAACCACUGCCAAGGAAAUAAGUCUGUCAUGGAGUAUUUUAAUAAGUUGAAAAAACUUUGGGAUGAAUACAGUUGUGUAGCUCCUCUUCAGCUUUGCAAUUGUGAAAAGAGGAAAUUUGUGGUGCAGCAGGACUCUGAAACAAAGCUAAUACAGUUUUUGAUGGGACUUAAUGAUAGUUAUGAUAAUCUUAAGAGUCAAAUCAUGCUCAUUGAUCCUCUACCUACAAUAAAUAGAGCUUACUCUAUGGUGCUCUCAGCUGAAAGACAAAGGAAUGUACAAAUGGAAUAUGGGGAAAGAAUUGAUAAUUCUGCUAUGAUUGCUAAGGUUGAUGGAUAUGGGAGAAGUGCUGGGAAUAAUAAUAGAGGAGGAAGAGGUGGCUACAUGGGACAAGGAUUGACAGGAGGAAGAGGCAGAGGCUAUAGAAUGACUAGAGAGGAAAAGGCAAAACUUCUAUGUGAUAAAUGUGGUAUGCAUGGCCAUACUAUAGCUACUUGCUUUAAGGUGCAUGGGGUCCCUGAGUG